AUGUCGCAGGAUUCAGCGCAGCAGGCUAUGGCCAAGGGAAUGAUCUAUAUUCUGCCUCCGGCCCUCUUCCUCGGCACUGCAUGGUUGCCGGCCGGGCUGCAAUGGUUUUUCCUGAUGCUCUCUGCUGGUUCCACCGUGCAGUCGGCAGCCACGUUGAAUCCAACUGUCCGACGCUGGGCUGGUCUUCCUCCCCCCUCCCCUCUUCCCCCGGCUGCGCUGGCCAGUGCGGCUGGCGCGCAGUGGCAGGCUCCCGUGUCACGCGGCCAAGGGAUCGUGGGCUCCGUGAAGAAGGACAUGGGCGACAUGUCCAAAGGCAUCAAACGUACCUUUGGCAACGACGGCAGGAAGGCUUCAAGCCAAAAGGCCAACGAAUACGAAGAGCGAAGGGCAAAUGAGGAGCGAGAAAAGGCAUACAGACGGAUGGAAGCCAUUCGUCAGAAACGUGCCGAGCAACAGAGAUAG